AUUUCUUUUUUUUCUAAUAUUUCAUUGCGACGUUUCAAACAGUGUCCGCAGAAACUCUUUUAUCUGAGUCUAAUCUAAAACGAGCUGGAAAAUGACAGUGCAGCGCAAUAUUUCAACUAGGCUUAUCAAAAAUAACUCUUGCAUCAGUAUCCAAGAAAAAUUAUAUAAACCAGAGACUAAUUCAGUGGAAAGAAAAAUAUCGGUACAAGUAAGCUUUAUUUUUCUCCACCAUGUUACUGAAAUUAAUUAUCCAUGCAAUAUUUCUCUGUGCAGGAGUUAGUAUCUCAGUCUCUAAACAUGUGAAUCAUUCAGAUUCCAUAAUUUCACCCGAAAAGCAGCUAAUUAAUUCAAGCAACUUUACAUUGGUCAAUUCUGAAAGAGUGCACCAUUUGGAAAAAACACUCCAGCGUUUUCUGUCCAAAAUAGCGGACCCUAUAAAUGGAACAAUUGUACUGCAAUCCACGUCGAAAAAUGGGAAGGACGUGCAGUUAUCGAUUCGAAAAAUGUGCGAAUCCGUGCAGAAGGCUCUUGCACGAUUCGCUGAUGACUGCCAAUUAGAUGUUCGCUCAUAUAAACAGAAUUUUACCAAUGAUCCAUUGUCUGAUGAUUGGUAUUCUGAAAGUCUGCUCCAAGGCGCUUAUAUUCUUCGCGAUCUCGGAAACGUAAUCAAUGGAAUAGGGACGUCGAUUAGAAUGCACUUUCGCGAUGGGAAUGCAACUGCAGUGGAAAAUAAGCAAGUAACAAGACAGCCAGAAAGUUUCCAAUUCCUAGGCGUCGUGUACAACGCAGCAGAGUUCACCGAAAACCUAUCCAAGUGUCUUUUACAAAUGCCCGACACAAGAAGUCGCAAAUUCUUCUCUAUAAACCGUGAAGUACUAAAUCUUGCCAAGCAUCCUCCAAAGAUCGCAAUAAAAAAAUUCAAAUCGAACUUAAACACCAUUUCUUUGGACCAAUUACCUAAAACUCGAACGGAACAGAAAUACUGGCAGGUGAUUCUUUGUCUGUCGAUGAUUAACAAACAGGGAAGUUACGAAAAUUGCAUACGAGAUCUGCAGAAGCUCGAUAGAUGUUUACUCGAUUCGAAACAGCGGUCUGAGAACAAAAGGAAAAGUAUUCAUGCGAAUUCGUGGGUGAAGGCGAUUGAACGGCUGAGCGAUUGCAAGAUUCAACCGGAUAAGAGCGGACAGGUAGAGGUUUCCUGUAAAUCCGUGCGGAAAACUCCGAAAAAGAUGCAGCAGAAGGUGAAGUACGCGUUCGAGAGGAUAUUGGAUAAGAAAAUAACGAGGAAAUCGCCUUUGCACCGAGCUGCCAUGGAUCUUGCUGACACUAUGUCGCAGAGCAAAUUGGGACAGAGCUUCGUGGAUGAACUUCUCCAGUAUUUUGAGAUUUUCGAGGAUGGACAGAGGAAGUUACAGAGGCUUUCCACGAAAAAUAAAACCGGAAUAUCAAGACGCAAUGAGAUCAUAGAAGCACUGCAAACAUACAGAAGAGGGAUACUUCUGAGGACAUUCAACGCGAUUGAUAAAAUGCAUCAAUCCGUAUCUACUUUCGAACAGUUCCUCGUGAAAGGAAUCAAAGACACUCUGAACGAAGCUUGGCAGAGUCAUUUGAAUGUUUUAUCGAGUCUGAUGAAGUGGAUGAACAAACUACUGGAGCUGUACAGUGGAGAGACUGUCAGUGAAAAUGGGCAGAGUUCACCGAAUGAUUCGUUGGCUGACGAUCAGUGGAAUGAAGAUGAAAGUUCAUUUUCUGAGGAUAGUUCAGAACAGUCCAUAGCUACUCGUUCUAGGCCUGAGAUCAUGAAGGAAGCAGAUGUCUCUAUGAAAGAUUUAAUAGAAUCCAUGAAUAGUGUGAGCAAAUAUCGAAGUACAAAUAAUACCAUGCUGUCUUGUAUCGCAAACAAUCUUCUUUUAGUUACAAUUUUUAUGGGAACCAUUGGUUUUGUCUCCUCGUUGUACUGUUUUGAUUAUUCCAUGAAGGAUGAAGAAAAUUCUCUUGAUUUUAAUAAUGAAUGGAAACGUGCACCCAGGUCUCUUCCCCUCGAAUACAAACAACUUGUUAAUCUUGUUUCGCAGGAUGAUUUGCUUUUGGAAUUUCGUGGUAAUUCGAGUGCUCCCAUUUCUAAUUAUAGUGAUUAAUACAGCAUAUGUCAUUAGAGAUAAUUGUAGUAUUGAAGCAAUGUAGAUUUGGAGUUAUUUUAGUUAAAAUAAAAUUUUUAAAAAAAUGAAGGUUUAUAUUUUUAGAAAUUAAUA